CGCGCGUCCAUUGGUCGGCUCGGCGAGGGGAGGAGCGCUGCCUUCCAGGCGCCCCUGCAGCCGCGAUGAGCUUCAGCCGCCUGUGCCGCCUCCUGAAGCCAGCGCUCCUCUGCGGGGCUCUGGCCGCACCUGGCUUGGCCAGCACCAUGUGCGCGGCUCGCGACGACUGGCGCUGUGCUCACUCCAUGCACGAAUUCUCAGCCGAGGACAUCGACGGUCACGUGGUUCACCUGGACAAGUACCGGGGCCACGUGUGCAUCGUCACCAACGUGGCCUCGCAAUGAGGCAAGACGCGCGUGAACUACACUCAGCUGGUCGAUCUGCACGCGCGGUACGCCGAGUGUGGUUUACGGAUCCUCGCCUUCCCUUGCAACCAGUUCGGGAGGCAGGAGCCAGGGAGCAAUGCUGAGAUCAAAGAGUUCGCCGCCGGCUAUAACGUCAAAUUCGAUUUGUUCAGCAAGAUCUGUGUUAAUGGGGAUGAUGCCCACCCGCUGUGGAAGUGGAUGAAAGUUCAGCCCAAGGGGAAGGGCGUCCUGGGAAAUGCCAUCAAAUGGAACUUCACCAAGUUCCUCAUUGACAAGAACGGCUGCGUGGUGAAGCGGUAUGGUCCCAUGGAGGAGCCCCUGGUAAUUGAGAAGGACCUGCCGUGCUACCUCUAGUUCCACAAGGUGCGCCCCUACCCGAGCCUGCUGCCCGUGCCCCUUGGAGCCUUCCACCCGGCACCCGUGACGGUCUGCCCGAAAACCAGCCCUGGUGGGGCAGACCUGAGAACCCGGCGUGCACCCCUGCCGGAGGAAGGCCCCUCGGCCCAGCUCGCAGCUCGGCAACCCCUACCCCCAGCUGCUUUGUCAGAAUAAAACAUACAAACUGGC